UUUAUCAUUACAGCCUACACAGAGCUGUAGAAGAAAAAACAGAGGAAACAGAGAAUGGUGGUGCUAAGUUUACAGUCUCUUAAUUGGUACGGACAUGGAGGAAUCAUGGAGAAGAAGAAGAAGAAGAAGAGACAUCUGACUGGUAUUAUCAGAGCCACUGACAAAAACGAUUCUUCUUCUUCUUCUUCUUCACAGAGAUUCGAAAUCGAUACAGAUAAAGCUAGAGAAGCUCUGAAACAGCUUGAUCAACAAAUAGAAUCUCAAGCCGAUGAAAAACCCAGAAUCUUCAUCAAGACAUCGUUGGAUGUUGUCAGAUCAAGUACCGGAGAUUCAUCAUCAGUUGAUCCAUACACGUUUGAAGAACCAUCUGAGCUCUCCGGAUCGUUCCUCACAACUUUAGCUUUUGUUCUCUUAGCUCUUACUUUGUUCUACAACAUUUUGUUCAUUACAGUGAUAAAACCAUCGAUGGAUGGGCCACAAUCAGUUCCAGAAGAAAACAGAGUCGCAAUGUCUGAUUCUGAGAUUGUUCAGUUUCCACUUUCGUCUUUCCCUGAAAAAAUCUUCAAACAGUAAUACUACAAAGUGUUUUUUAUAUGAUUUCUUCAUUUUCUUGUAUCUUAAUUCUUGAUUAUCUUUAGUACUAAAAUGUUACAUCUCUAAUCGAAGAAGACACAAAC